UUUAUGUACGCUUUAUCGAAAAUUCAACAUGGCAGCCCUGUGAGGACAACAUGUGCUUGGUAUUUUAAAUUGCUGUAUAUUUUUAAAGAUUGAGAGAUGUCAUAUCAAUCAACUUUAUGAACUGUUAUGAAAUCAAACAGAUAUGGGAGAAUUUAGGGUACAUAGAGUUCGAUUUUUUGAGUAUCAACCGAAGGCUAUUCAGUCCAUUGUUUAUGGAAAAGAAGUAAAUAAAGUUGCGGUUUCCAGAUCUGAUGGCUGUAUUGAAAUAUGGGAUGUAGCCAAUGACUGGUAUCAAGAAAAGAUUAUUCCAGGGAGUGAAUCCAAGUCUAUAGAGACCUUGUGCUGGCAAGGACAGAGACUUUACUCAGCAGGGCUAGAUGGAGAUGUAGUGGAAUACGAUCUCAAGAAACUGGAACCAAAGGCCACAGCUUCUUGCAAUGCUGGACCAGUCUGGUGUUUGACUACAGAUUCAAAUGGAAAAUUUUUGGCUGCUGGUACAGAGGAGGGAUGUGUUGUUUUGUUCGACACAGAUUACAACUCCCUACAGUAUUACAGAUCUUUUGAUAAACAGGAAGGUCGGAUCUUGUCCAUUGCUUGGAACACGAGUCUGGAGGUGAUUUUGACCGGAGGAGUGGACACUAUGAGACUGUGGAGUGUGAAGUCAGGGCACGCUGUCCAGAGAAUGACGCUGGGGAGGGUGGAUAAAAACAAGGAAACCAUUGUGUGGUGUGUGGCCAUCCUCAGUGAUAUGACUUUAGUCAGUGGAGAUUCCAGAGGUAGAACUAUUUUCUGGAAUGGCAAACAAGGGACACAGAUAAAGAGUUUUCAAAAUCACCAAGCAGAUGUAUUGUGUUUAGCAGUUCAUGAGAAUGAAAAACAAGUGUUCUCCUCAGGAGUGGAUCCAAAAGUGGUGCAGUUUCAGUACACCACCACCAGUCAGGAGAGUGACUGGAACAUGUGGGUCCGCACCACCGUGUGGUACCAGCACACCCAUGACGUGAGGGCCCUGGCCAUCACAGGGAGGGACAUAGUGUCGGGGGGAGUCGAUACAACUCUCCAGCUGAAUCGACUUGGGAAGGAGAAAAAUAAACAAAAGAUCAGAGCAAUUGCUGAGCAUCAGUUGGUGAGUGUGGCCAAAGACAGAAACGCCCUCCUGCUACAGUACCCAGAUUAUCUGGAGCUUUGGAGGCUGGGAAACACUAGGAAAACUUCAGAUAAAGAUGGUGAAAUGCUGCCAGAGGAAGUGUCCCCUCAGAAACUGAUCCAGCUGAAAACUAAAGAUGGACAGCAUAUCAUUUGUAGUGCAAUAAGUUCUAGGGCUAACUGGAUGUCAUACUCUGACAUUGAUGGAGUCAAACUCUUUAAAACAGAGAUGGAUGACUCUGAGUCCAUCAGUCCAGCUGUCAGUAUGAAGAAGAUAAAGAAAUCCCUUCCAGCUUACUCUGCUCAUCGUCUCAUGUUCACAUCGAAUGAACAGUUUUUAAUCAUAGCCACAUCAUGUCAAAAAAUUGUAGUUAUUUCCCUCGAAGAAGAUUCAGUGUCCUUGUACCACAGCUGGGAAGAUUUCACAGAGGAGUCUAUACAUCUACUGAGUGUGAGUCCAGACAGUAAGCUAGUGGCAGUGGCAGAUCUGUCCUACAAAGUAUCAGUGAUAGGGCUGAAGUCCAAGGAGGUUGAAUGCCAGUUACCCAGUUACAGGUCAACAGUAACAGCUAUGACCUUUACAUCAGACAGUGGGAAACUGAUCACAGCACAUGCUGACCAAAAGAUUUAUGAAUUUGACAUAGAAAAGAGGGAAUACAGUGACUGGUGUCGGAAAGUGUGUAACAGUUUCCCAAACGCCUGGAUGCGGCGACACCAGAAGAUCUUCUGUAUAUCUACGUCGCCGCGAUACCCUGAUAAGAUAUUCUUCUGUGACCUGGACAAGUUCUUCAUCCUAGAUAAAACUCAGCCAUUCCCAGACAGAAAAGCCAAACCUUUUGACCUGGUGGCCAGACCAAAUUCUUCAAAAGUGACAGCCUUUCAUGUUUGUACAAGAUUCCGUUACCUAAUUCAUAUGGACUUUGUCAAAGACGAUUGGGUUGUGAUGGUGGAACGGACUAAACUAGCCCUGAUGGAAUCACUUCCAAUGGCUCUUCAACAGAAAAAAUUUGGAACUUAAAAGGAGUUCCAAUAAUAAAUUGUCAAAUUGUGUUCUAUCAGCAAGAGAACCUAGAACCAAUGAAAAAAUAUGAUAUAAUGCAUGUUGGCAAUUUCUUGUUAAAAUUUAUGCAAGCAGUCAUUGGUACAUCUAGUGUGGACUAUGAUAGAUGUCUUAUAAAAACUUCUGUCACAUGUAGUGAAUCAUUGUGAGAAAUCACAGACAGCACCAAGAUUGUCUUCUGUAAGACAGAAACUGUAAUGAGGGAUUUAGGCCUGAUAGGUCAAUUGUUUGUUUGAAUUUCUCAUGUGUAUGUUCUUAAAGACUGCAUGCAGUCUUUGUUGUUAUGGAUCUGUGUUUUACAUAUUAUGUUAUGUAGAGCCGAUCAAUAAAAAAAUUAUUAUAAAUAUGA